AUGAAGGAGGAAGAGGAAAUAGAACAAGAGGGUUUUGCUAAAAUGGACGGGGAGACGGCCGCCUUUCCAGACUUGUUGGAUUUCGAGUUCUUCGUGAUCAUACUCCAAAACCCCUGGGGAAAACUGAGGCUGCCCGACAAGUUCGCUAAGUUGCUGGACGGCCAAGAGCCCCGUGAAGUGACGCUCCGGGAGGCAAGCGGCGGGUGUAGCCUGUGGGACGUUGAGGUGUUGUUCGACGGCGAAGGUCACAUGUAUCUUGACCGUGGCUGGGAGCGGUUCGCCCGCGCUCAUGACCUCGGGCUUGGGAACUUCCUUGUCUUCACCUACGAUGGCGACGCCGUGCUCAACGUCAAGGUGUUCGACGGAAGCAUGUGCCGCAGACACUACCACCACGACGACGAAGAAAGCAGUGGAACCAGCAGCGAGAGUGGCAGCAACAACAGCAUGGACAGUUCCAGCAACGACAUCGGCGACAGUGCCAGAAAGAGCAGCAGCACGGGCACGGGCAGGGGCACGGCGGAGAUGAACAUCAGCGAUACUGCCAGAAAUAGCAGCGGCACGGCGGAGAUGACCAUAGACGACGCGCUGACGUCGCAGUUCACCGUCACGCUGAAGCCGAGCCACCUGGGCGCGAGGCAGAAGCAGUAUCUGAACGUGCCGCCGACGUUCCAGCACGCGCACGGGUACGACAGCAGGAGCGAGGUGGUGCUGCGGAUGCGCGGGGAGAAGUGGACGGUCACCCUGAAGCACAACAUCCGCAAGGGUGGGCACAGGACGCGCGCGUCGCUCAGGUACGGAUGGCACCAGUUCUGCGUCGACAACCGCCUCGGCGUCGGCGACGUCUGCUUCUUCCGGGCGCUGCGCGGGGACGGGGGAGGCGACGACCACGCGCUCAAGGUGGAGGUGCGCAAGCGAGACGGCAGCUUCAUCGAUUGA